AUGGACGUGCAGGCUGAACCCCGGCCAAUCCCGGGAUACUACUGCUGCUAUCUUCUCCGCUCAACCAUCCGACACGCCUCGCUUUACAUUGGAUCCACGCCAAACCCAAACAGGCGACUUUCUCAGCACAAUGGGGAUGCUAAAGGCGGAGCCAAGCGAACAGCUCGCGACCAAUUACGACCAUGGGAGAUGGUAUUGGUCGUCGAGGGUUUCAUGAGUCGCGUAGGGGCUCUACAAUUUGAAUGGGCCUGGCAACACCCAGACAGGACAAGACAUAUUACUUCAGAUGAUGACGAUCAUCCAUCUAAGUCAAAAGUCAUCGUGAACCCAAAAAAUGGAAAAACGAAACCACGCCCUGGUCGAUCUAGGAGAUCAUUGACGGCCCAUCUAGAGGACCUUCAUACCCUGCUGCGAUCGACAUAUUUUUCCACAUGGCCGCUGCAUGUGCGGUUCUUCCGCGCAGACAUUUAUCGUGUCUGGAGGGCGUGGAAUGACCGCGUGGAUACGCCUUUUUCCAAUGACAAGGUCAUUCUAGAUGGGGACUGUUCCAUGCAAGCCGGCGUCAGUGACAACCAAAGGGUAGGUAGCAUUCAAAAUCUAUCCGUUGACUAUACACCACUCGAAAAGUAUCUUGAGAAGUCCAUGUUUAUUUUGAACGAUUCAGACGAGCUACAAUGUCAGAUAUGCAAAGCGCCAGUCAAACCCACUACGCAACAGAUCGUAAUGUGUCCACACACUUUGUGCCGGGGCACAAAUCAUCUAUUAUGCCUGUCUACCUAUUUUCUCAAUGCAGGUGAUGACUCAGAUGCUCUUGUGCCGAUACAGGGCAACUGUCCGACAUGCAAAGAAACCGUCGAGUGGCCGCUUAUGAUGCAAGAGCUGAGUCUUCGCAAUCGAGCUGAGAAAGAAGCUCGCACGAUCCUGUGUAGGAAAGAAAGACGCGAACGAAAGGAAUUGGCGAAAGCUUCAAGCAGCCAAGCCAGCCCUAAGAAAUUAACGGCCACGCGAGACAUCUCUGUUGAGCCUACGUCCACUCUAACCGAAAUUGACCCCUUGCUGGAUGAUGAUUGGUGUGAUAGGGUAGAGCUGGAGUCAGAUACGGAAUUCAGCAGCGGAAAGCGCACUCGGCCGUCUCCGCCCACCAGAUUGGAAAUCGUAAUCGAAGAUAGCGACUGGGAUGAUGCGGACCUCGUGGAGUAA